AUUCGGCAAAAUGCAAAAAUUAAAAACCGGAAAUUUCGCAACGUCUCUCUCUGUAAAUACCGCCAUUAAAUUAUCCAAAUUCUCUCUCCCUCUCUCUCCCUCUCUCUCUCCUCAACCCCCCGUCUCUCUCUCUCUACCUGCUGCGUCCACAGUCGUUGGAGGGUGACGUGUCGAAUACGCAAUUUAAACCCUCGGUCUCCGCCAUUUCGGACUCCUACUCCAUACCUGUUAGGGCGGGAACCCAAAAUUUUCACCCAAAACUCUCUCUCUCUCCUCACUUUCUCUCUCUACUUUGUCCUUCUCUGUUUCUUUCUAAACCUCUCUCGAUUCCGCUCUUCCGCCGCUUGUCGUCUUCUCCAACCGAAUUCUAGGGUUUCUGGUUCUCUGUCAGCAACUGAAAUCUUCCGCCGGGGGUCCUCCGAGAUGAGCCUCCGCCGGGGCUCCAAGGUCUGGGUCGAGGACCGGGAUUUGGCCUGGGUCCCGGCUGAAGUCGCCGACUGGAAGGGGAAGCAGCUCCAGGUCGUCACCGCUUCGGGAAAGAAGGUUUUGGCUUUGCCGGAGAAGCUGUUUCUGAGGGAUGCGGAUGAGGACGAGCAUGGCGGAGUGGACGACAUGACGAAGCUGACAUAUUUGAACGAGCCGGGUGUGCUGUAUAACCUUCAGAGGAGAUACGCUCUCAAUGAUAUAUAUACAUAUACAGGGAGCAUUUUGAUUGCGGUUAACCCAUUCACAAAGCUUCCCCAUCUAUACAAUGUCCAUAUGAUGGAGCAGUAUAAGGGAGCUCCAUUUGGUGAGCUAAGCCCCCAUGUUUUUGCGGUGGCUGAUGCGUCUUAUAGAGCAAUGGUGAAUGAUGGACAAAGCCAAUCAAUACUGGUCAGUGGUGAAAGUGGAGCUGGGAAGACUGAAACGACGAAACUGAUUAUGCAGUAUCUUACUUAUGUAGGAGGCCGAGCUGCUGGUGCUGGUGAUGAGAGAACUGUUGAACAACAAGUUCUUGAAUCGAAUCCCCUUUUGGAGGCAUUUGGUAAUGCCAGGACUGUUAGAAAUGACAAUUCAAGUCGUUUUGGCAAGUUUGUUGAGAUCCAGUUUGAUGCAAGUGGUAGAAUAUCUGGAGCUGCAAUUAGAACUUAUCUACUGGAAAGAUCCCGUGUUGUUCAGAUUACAGAUCCUGAAAGGAAUUACCACUGUUUUUACCAGUUGUGCGCAUCUGGAAAGGAUGCAGAGAAGUACAAGUUAGACCACCCAAGCCACUUCCAUUACCUGAAUCAAAGCAAGACUUAUGAACUUGAUGGAGUGAGCAGUGCAGAAGAGUAUACGAAGACAAGAACAGCAAUGGAUAUUGUUGGUAUCAGCUGUGAAGAUCAGGAAGCAAUAUUCCGCACCUUGGCUGCAAUUCUGCAUUUGGGGAACAUUGAAUUUUCUCCUGGGAAAGAGCACGACUCUUCAGUUCUAAAGGAUCAGAAAUCGAACUUUCAUAUGCAGAUGGCUGCUAAACUUUUCAUGUAGUUGCUUAAUAAAUCAUGUGAUGUGGACCUCUUAUUAGCAACACUGUCUACUCGUACAAUCCAAACUCGUGAAGGAAUUAUUGUUAAAGCUCUCGACUGUUGUGGUGCUAUUUCUAGUAGAGAUGCAUUGGCAAAGACUGUUUAUUCUCGGUUGUUUGACUGGCUUGUUGAUAAGAUUAAUACAUCUGUUGGCCAAGACUCGACUUCCCAAAUGCAAAUAGGAGUCUUGGACAUUUAUGGUUUUGAAUGCUUUAAGGACAAUAGUUUUGAGCAAUUUUGCAUUAACUUUGCAAAUGAGAAGCUACAGCAACACUUUAAUGAGCAUGUGUUCAAGAUGGAGCAGGAGGAGUAUAGCAAAGAGGAAAUUGAUUGGAGCUACAUUGAAUUCAUUGACAACCAAGAUGUUCUGGAUUUGAUUGAGAAGAAACCUGUUGGGAUAAUUGCUCUCUUGGAUGAAGCUUGCAUGUUCCCAAAAUCAACACACCAAAGUUUUUCAACCAGGUUGUUUCAGCUUUUACGGCCCCACCAAAGGUUGGAAAAGGCAAAAUUUUCGGAAACAGAUUUUACCAUGUCCCAUUAUGCUGGAAAGGUUACUUAUCACACAGAUACCUUUUUGGAUAAGAAUCGUGAUUAUGUUGUCGUAGAACAUUGCAAUCUGUUGUCUUCUUCCAAAUGCCCUUUUGUUGCUGGUCUUUUCGGUCCGCUACCUGAGGAAUCUUCAAGAUCAUCGUACAAAUUUUCUUCUGUGGCCACUAGAUUUAAGCAACAACUUCAAGCACUUAUGGAAACCCUCAAUUCAACAGAGCCUCAUUACAUACGCUGUGUUAAGCCGAACUCAUUGAAUCGACCGCAAAAGUUUGAGAAUUUGAGCAUCUUACAUCAAUUACGCUGCGGGGGUGUUCUAGAGGCUGUUCGGAUAAGUCUGGCAGGUUAUCCCACACGUAGAACUUACUCAGAGUUUGUAGAUCGAUUUGGAUUAUUAGCUCCUGAAUUCAUGGAUGGAAGCUAUGAUGAAAAAUCUACAACUGAGAAAAUUUUGAAAAAGUUAAAGCUAGAGAAUUUUCAGUUGGGUAGGACCAAAGUAUUUCUUAGGGCUGGUCAAAUUGGUGUUCUGGACUCCCGACGGGCAGAGGUUUUGGACAAUGCUGCAAAGCGCAUUCAACGUCAAUUGCGAACGUUUGUUGCUCGCAAAGAUUUUGUUUCCAAACGAGCUGCUGCAUUUGCACUCCAAGCUUUUUGCAGAGGAUGCCUUGCUCGAGCGUUGUAUACUUUAAAACGGGAGGCAGCAGCUGCUAUUUUUAUACAGAAACAUGUCCGAAGGUGGCUAUUAAAGUGUGCUUAUGUGGAAUUAUAUUCAGCUGCUACUGUCAUACAGUCCAAUAUUCGUGGUUUUUCAAUUCGCCGAAGAUUUUUGCAUGGAAAGAAACAUAAAGCUGCCACCUUGAUCCAGGCUCGGUGGAGGAUGUGCAAGGUUCGCUCGGCAUUCCAACAUCACCAAGCUUCUGUUGUAGCAAUACAAUGUCUUUGGAGGCGAAAGUUAGCAAGGAGAGAGCUCCGAAGGCUUAAACGAGAGGCAAAUGAAACCGGUGCCUUGCGUUUAGCUAAGGGUAAACUUGAGAAGCAGUUAGAGGACCUCACAUGGCGGUUACAACUUGAGAAACGAUUACGGGUAUCUAAUGAGGAAGCUAAGUCAGUAGAAAUUUCAAAACUUCAAAAAGUGUUGGAAUCCUUGAGUCUUGAGUUAGAUGCGUCAAAGCUGGCUACAAUUAAUGAGUGCAACAAGAAUGCAGUGCUUCAAAAUCAAUUGGAGUUAUCAGUGAAAGAAAAAUCAUCUUUGGAAAGAGAAAUCAUUGGAAUGGCUGAAUUGAGAAGGGAAAAUGCAUUUUUAAAGAUUUCCUUGGAUGCAUUGGAGAAGAAGAACUCAGCUCUUGAAACCGAACUUCUCAAGGCUCGAAAGGACAGUACAGACACCAUUCAGAAGUUGCAUGAAUUUGAACAGAAGUGCAACCAGCUCCAGCAGAAUGUAAAGAGCCUUGAGGAGAAACUCUCUGGAUUAGAGGAGGAGAAUCUUAUCAUGCGACAAAAGGCCCUUAGUGUGCCUGCAAAGAGCACUCGGCAAGGUGUUGAAAAGUUGUUUCCAGAGAAAAACCUUGGUGCGGUUAUUCCCAUCACUGAACAGAAGCCUGCAUUUGAGUCACCCACACCUACAAAAAUGAUUGCACCCUUUUCACAUGUCUUGUCAGAAUCACGCCGAUCAAAGUUAGCAGUUGAGAGGCACCAGGAGAACUAUGAAUUCCUAUCAAGAUGUGUUAAGGAAGAUUUGGGGUUUAAAGACAGCAAACCAUUGGCGGCUUGUAUCAUAUACAAAUGCCUUCUUCAGUGGCAUGCCUUUGAGUCUGAGCGUACAGUUAUUUUUGACCAUAUAAUUGAGGGAAUAAAUGAAGUUCUGAAGGUUGGGGAUGAGAACAUAACCUUGCCCUAUUGGCUGUCCAAUGCCUCAGCGCUUCUAUGCCUUUUGCAGAGGAAUUUACGACCAAAUAGUUUCCCAGCAACUCAGCGUUCUGGGUCUUCUGCUUUAGCUCUCAGGAUUGCACAAGGACUGACAUCUCCUUUCAAAUAUAUUGGUUAUGAAGAUGGUAUGUCACAUCUUGAAGCAAGAUAUCCAGCUAUAUUGUUCAAACAGCAGCUAACUGCUUGUGUAGAAAAGAUCUUUGGCUUGAUGCGCGACAGUUUGAAGAAGGAAUUGGCUCCACUCUUGGGCUCAUGCAUUCAGGCACCCAAAGCUGCGCGAAAGUCAUCUAGAUCACCUGGGAACGCUCCUCAGCAAUUACCUGGAAGUCAGUGGGACAACAUAAUCAAAUUCUUGGAUACCCUAAUGAGUCGAUUACGUGGGAAUCAUGUACCUUCAUUUUUUAUUCGCAAGUUAGUCACACAGGUCUUCUCUUUCAUCAAUAUGUCACUUUUCAACAGUCUACUGCUGCGACGCGAAUGUUGCACAUUUUCGAACGGUGAAUACGUAAAAUCAGGUCUUGCUGAACUGGAGAAAUGGAUUGGCAACACCGGGGAGGAGUAUGCAGGAACCUCUUGGCACGAGCUAAAUUAUAUCAGACAAGCUGUUGGUUUUCUGGUAAUACAUCAGAAGAGGAAAAAGUCUCUCGACGAAAUUAGGCAGGAUCUUUGUCCGGCAUUGACAGUCAGACAAAUCUACCGAAUAAGUACAAUGUACUGGGAUGACAAAUACGGCACUCAGAGUGUGUCCAACGAGGUGGUUGCUCAAAUGAGGGAGCUUUUGAACAAGGACAACCAGAAUCUGACCUCCAAUUCGUUCUUGUUGGAUGAUGAUCUGAGCAUUCCAUUCUCGACUGAAGAUAUCGACAAGGCAAUUCCUCUAAGCGAUCCUUCAGAAAUCGAACUUCCAUCAUCCUUGUCUGGUUAUACCUGCGCGCAGUUUCUUGUCCAGCCCCAAACUUAAAUCGCGCACUAAACUCCCAAGGGUUGCGGUGUAAGCUUACGCCAGAUGGAUGUAAAGGGAAAUGUCUUUUAUAGGCUUAGAAGUUCAAAAAAUGAGCAGCAGUCAUCUGAAUAUUAAGAGGAUGACUUGUUACAUUGCUCGAAUUCGUUAAUUAGCUUUUCGGGUUUUUAGGCUUCAUCAAGCUUGAUGAAUUCAUUCCCCUCCAAUCAGUUGCAGGUUUAGGGAUUGGUCAUCUUAUUGUAAUUAAACUACAUUUCUCUCCAAUUCUUUUGUUUUCUUUCUCUCGGACGACAGGGCCAGGGACGUCGGGGAGGGGUUAAGCUUGGCGUCGAGAGUGACAUGUUUGUACUCUUGAAAUCGCGUCUAUGUUGUAUCACGAUGUUUCUGUAAUUCUUAUUUGUACAUUCAGAAAGAGGAUCAAGGAAAUUGCAGGAUUCCUUUACCUUUUUUAUUUUUUUAACUUUAUGCCAAACAGUUAUUUGUACUGGUAAA